GCAAUAGCAUAAAUUUAUGACAGUAUGUAGUUAGAUGUCAGAUGUGUAGUGUGAAAUCGAUCGUUUAAUUUGUAAAAAGACCGAUCGACGAGUCGCCAAGUGGCGCGUUUUAUCUGGAUUCUGAUUUUUGACUUUUUUUUUCAACACACGGGGUGAUAUCUAGUCAAUAAAAAAGAAGAGAAAAAAAAUGGCUCUUUACGAUAACCAAUACUGGCUCCUGUCGCACAUCAGGGACAGCUUUCUCGCUAUGGACGACACAGGUAUGUGCGAAAUAGUAAUGCUUGGAGAAGAUAUUCCUAAGCAGUUAAAGGCAAAUGGAACAUUGCAGUGUUAUCCUGGUAUGGAGGAUAGCGAUGAUGAAGAUCUAGAUGCCAUGGCAGAAUCAUAUGACGUACAAAUGGACAUGGAAUUCAGUCAUAGACAGAGAUCCAAUACUGCACAGAGACUGGAAAAGAUGGACAUAGAAAGGAAAAAGGCUGCAAAAGUUAAACAUGUCAAAUGGGAGCACAAUCUUAACGCUAUCACACCUACAGACCAAUCAGAAUUGUUCCAAAGAAAGGAUUUUCGUAAAAAAGCAUCUGUAAAAAAGGGACAAUCUCUCUUGUCGGAACAACUUGAGAAGUGUCCAAAUUUACCACAAAAUCCUUUCAAAGAUUAUGUCAAAUUUGAUGGCAACGCACAGAUAGGCAUUCCUGUAAGAAAGUAUAGAAUAUUCAUGUGUAUGCUGCCAAAAGAGGAGAGGAUGUAUCCGCUUCAGGUGGUAGUGACGGUGACAGCACGAGUAUUGGACUUUAUUGGGCUGAUUUGCUACAAAUAUGCAAGUGAACACCCCGAUCAUAAUUUGAAGGAGGACAUCUCGCGUUAUGGACUGUACAUCACUGAGGACGAUGGCGAGGUUGACUGGGCCUUUCCCUGUUUGGACCCACGAGAAACUAUCUCCAAAUUCGAAUUCACUACAUUGGGUCUGAUCGAGAUGAAGCCAAGCGACCGAGCGCGACACAACACACUUAGUUGCAUCGAGAGGAAAGACGAGGAAGACCUGGAACAUAAAGACAAGGAGCAGGAGGAGGUCGCAAAUGAUCUGGCUAAGAUGGAGGGUCACACCACUGCAAUGGAGGCACCAUUAUAUCAAUCAUACAGGGUACAUAUAAUUAACAAGAUGCGAGCAAAGACUGAGAUUCAUCUUGGGAUAUCGGGUGAGAAGAUAGAGAUAGAUCCGGUUAUAACGGGUAAAGGUGCUGCUAGGUUUUGGAAUAGACAGCGGGCAGUCAGCUAUCAUAUAGACAACAUUGCUUGGUGUGAAGUAACCGAGACUAAGGGAUCGAAAACUAUGUUUACAUUGGUUUACACUCCGCAAUCCAGUGCUCCAGAUAACUUUCUAAGUCAAAGUCAUUCGCUUCAUCAAUCUGCAUCGUUUAAGAAUCACGAUUUUGAAGCAGAUUCGGUAACAGCUGAAGAAAUUGUACGCAAAAUUAAUAAUAUUCUAGAAUUGCAUAGCAGUCAAUCUAGAAAGGAGUAUCUCGCGCAAAAGGAAAGAAAAGCAGCGAGAAGAAAGAGUUUUCAUCUAUACAGAUGACAGCUCUACUGGUUACUCUAUGCAAUCUUAGAUUAUCUGAAACAUUGAAUAUUAAUGUACAACAAAGAUGACGUGAUCGUACGAGUCGCUCUAAAACCGGAAAUACGAUCAAAUUAAGUAUCCAGAAUUUCGUUGACGUACCAAAAAUGGCAGAAAGUAGACAGUCACAAACAUAAAAUUUAAUAUUGUAUAUUAUUGGUAAAUUAUUUUGUAUUUAUUAUAUUUAUACUCAAUCAAUAUGUAAUGAACGUAUCAUAAUUGCAAUCAUUCUAUCAUGAAUAAGUAUUGUAUAAUUAAUCGUCUGUAACGUCAUAUUUAAUUGUUAUUUAUAUUUUUACUACGAACCUUCCUUAUUACCUGCAAAUUUGUAGACUUGUAAGAAUAAACAAUACUUAAAGUA